AUGGAAAUUCGACGAUCUCUACAACGCCAUUCUGAAGACGUUACUUAUGUACAAGUAUUUGAUAAUGAAUGGCAUGAUUAUGAACGUGUUGCUGAUCUGUUCGAAGCUUCACGGUGCUUGAAUCCGGUCGAUCGUUCUAAUCUUGUAAGAUUGCUUGCCUUAGCAAGACAUAACUGUGCUCUUAUCGAUGGUGAACUUCAAUUUCCUGGUCCAAUAGCAUCUAGGCAGAGCAAUUUCGACGCGCUUGAACUGCACGAAAAACUUGUUGCGCUUCACCUUCAUCAACAAGCAAAAGAACGUUUAACAUCUAGAGAUUCAGGGUUAGCUAAAAGUUCAAUACAUUCAUCUUCAGCUACACCGAAUAAUGAAAAUGGACAUACAGUCUCGAGUAAUCAUGAUCAAAAUUUAGGUGACAUUCGAUCGAUAGAUUACCAAAAUCAUGUACCAAUUUCAAAUGAAGUACAAGCCUGUGCUGAGCAUAUUACACAGGUUCAAUUGCAUCAACGUGCAGAUCAAACGCAAGAUCCCCCAACUCCAUGUCCUGUAUCAGUUGGUUUAUCUGAUAUAGAUGGGACAAAAGAGAAUCAAGAUCCAGGGAAACAACAAAAAGUUAAAAAUGAUCCGAACAGUGCACUUUUUCUGGAUGUCAGUUCACUUGCUCCUCGUAAUUCAUAUUGUGCUUUAUGUGAUACGCAUGAUUAUCUACAUCAAAUUCAUUUACCAGCUUAUUUAAUCUCUCCCUGCUAUCAUUGCCGUGAGUUUCUUGCAAAUGAAGCUAAAAUCACUCCUGAAAUUCUCCUAGACUUACAUUUACAACAUAACAUUCCUUGGCCAGGAUUCCUGCAAGCUAGAUUUGGUAUCCCUAAUGAUGAUCGGUCAACUGAAGAACUAAUUGCUUAUGACUGCCGUUGGCGGAGCAGACAACCUUGUCGAUGUUUAGCUUCUGUAGAUGGUUCCUUAUUACCACCCUGUGUCGAAUUUCCAUGGUUAACUCCGACAGUUUCGACAGGUUCAUUCGAAGUUACUGAUAUAUCAGCAAAUCAAAGCAAAUUAAACAAACAAGAUUCAUUGAAUACACAAGUGGUUGCAGAGAUUUCUUCACCCACUACUACAGAUCCGCGUACUUCUGAUUUUUCUGCAACGACACAAGCACAAACUAAUGCAGCAAAUCAAUCGUUGCCUAACCCCACCACAACCUCGGUGAGUACAAGUAACACGUCAGUUGCUGGAAAUACUAAUACAUGUUUAAAAUCAAUUUUGCCAUGUUCAAAUAGGCAUAUUCGCGGUGCUCCCAUUACCUGCUGUCAUGGCAUACAUUUUCCUUUAGUUGGCAUACCAACCGUGUCAACUUCAUCUGCCAAUCAAAAUACAGAUACUGGCUGUAUCCCGUCUAUUGAUUCUUUUAAUCCACAAUCAACGACCGAUAGAGGAUCAGUUGUUAUAACUCAAGAAAUGCAACAAGCAGCACCGUUAACAAACGACGUAUCAUCUUAA